AGUAGGGGAAUCUAUUCCACUCUCGGAUCACGAGGAAUCGUGUGCGCUCUGUGAACACGUGUAGCGUGCGUGACACAUAACCCGUACUUUCGACGCCCGCAAUAUUUAUUCGACAGAAAGAGGACCCGCAAGUGUACUCCUGUGUUUUACUGCGGCUUAGUCUCGGUGUCGCGACCGUGUGAUGAUGGCAAAGGUCCCGCGGAAACGCGUUAAAACAGGAAAAAGCACGAGAGAACAGUUGGAGAUGCUCGACAAAUCGGAAUUGAUCGACAAGAUAUUGCAGUUGGAAGCUCGCAACGAACAGCUGCAAUCGUCAAUUGCGAAAAGUACGGAUACAGAACUAGAGAAAGAGAAGCCAAGGAAAGGAAGAAGAUCGUUUGAUUUUUCAAAGUGUCACAAGAGGCACAUUAUGUUGAAAUUUUAUUAUCUCGGCUGGGACUACCACGGCUUCGCCGUACAGGAGGAUAGCAGCGACACUAUCGAGCAUCAUCUGUUCGCAGCUCUGUUAAAAAGCUGCUGCAUAGAAUCCCGCGAGAGCGCAAAUUACCAUCGUUGCGGACGAACCGAUAAAGGUGUUAGCUCGUUCGCGCAAGUGAUCUCGCUGGACGUACGCAGUAGAUUGGAACCGGAGAAUCGAGACAACUUGUCGGACGAGUUGCCCUAUUGUAAAAUUUUGAACAGAUUACUGCCAGCGAAUAUAAGGUGUAUAGCCUGGUGUCCGGUCGCGUCUAAUUUCUCCGCGAGAUUCGACUGCAAGUUUAGAAGGUACAAGUACUUUUUCCCAAGAGGCAAUUUAGACACAGAUGCCAUGGACAAAGCUGCCAAGUAUGUUGUAGGAGAUCACGACUUUCGUAAUAUUUGUAAAAUGGACGUAGCCAAUGGUGUAGUUAAUUUUAAAAGAACUGUAUUUGAUGCAAAAGUGACUACCAUUAGUGGUCAGAGCGUGGAAAAGUCUACAGGCUAUGAUAUGUGCGAAUUGGAAAUUACGAGUCAAGCCUUCCUGUGGCAUCAAAUUCGUUGUUUAAUGGGCAUCUUGUUGUUGGUUGGGCAAAGGAAAGAGGAACCCGAGAUAACCCUGAAGCUUCUGAACACUGAUACCUGUCCGCAGAAGCCGCAGUACAAUAUGGCUCAUCACGUUCCAUUGAAUCUCUGGUACUGCGAUUAUGAAAGCGUAAAAUGGUUCAUCGACGAAAAUGAAUUGUUACACACUAUUAAAAUAUUACAACAGGAUUGGGCGCUCAAUACUAUAAAAUCCACAAUGAUAAAAAAUAUGCUGAUGGAAUUGGCAAAUUUCGUUAACUAUGAAAAUACUGAUUUCCAAAGCGAUUGCCUGCUUCUCGGAGUACAGUCGAAAAGAUAUCAACCACUGAUGAAACGAGAAAUGUGUGAGAGUUUGGAAAAUAAAAUCAAACAUUACGAGAAGAAACGAAAAUUUGAAGUCGUACAGUCCGAGGUUACAUAGCAUAUGCCUAUGCUAAUCACAGAACUUGUGUAAGUACGUACAUACUAACAGUUUCAAAUACACAUAUAAUUUUCUUACUGUAAAUAGUACAUACAGCGUCUUAAAUUUUCACUAUAUGUGAAAGGGCUGCGUUCAGCCUUAUUGUUCGUCAAAUUUUGAUAGCGAUCAGUUCUCCAGAAACAUUAAAUUUUACAGGAGCUGCGUGAAGCAACGUCGAUAGGCCUGUAAUAAUACACGCGAAACGACGAGCGAAGCUUUUACGAAGUAACAAUUAUAAUUUUUGUUAUCUAUGAAAA